AUGUCGAGGAGAGUUAUCCUCCAAACGACGUCGUCGCAGAAGCGACAACCGUUUCUGCAGCAGAGCAAGAGUAUCCCAACCACGCGCCUGGGCGAGGCGGUGGGAGGCACCGCCGCCGUGUGCUGCUGCUGUCCGUGCGGCCUGGCCACCGUCAUGUACCUGGCGAUCUGCAAGCUUCCAGCGAGCCUGUGCGUUAAAUUGCUGAAGAGGAAGCGGCGGCGCCACCUGAAGGACGGACUGUUUCCGCCGCGGCGGCGGUGCUCCUGCGGUUUCUGCGACGACAUGGGCGUUCGAAUUUACCCGAUUUGCAGCGACGACGACGAAGACGUGGCGGUUCUGAAGAGCCGAAGUUCUGUGGUGAAAGAAGAUAAGGAGGUGAUGGAAUUGGAGAAGGAGAUGUGGGAUAGGUUUUAUGGGUCUGGAUUUUGGAGAAGCCCUUCUCAGAGAGAUAAUAACAGUAGUAACAACUCUUCUUUGUUGUCGCAGAGGAUUGGAGGCAGUGUUUCUUUUCCCAACCUUCAGGUUCUUUCUGCUUAA